AUGAUACCACAAUUAAUACUCCCCCUAUCUACUUCCACUCUACUAGAAAAACGCGAAGAUGCGCAGGCCGAUGACCUGCCUUCAGUUGGUGGAUCCCCCUCAAAGGAAGGCGUCUCCAAAUAUCCGCUCCCACCAAACCCCGUAACUGACAAUGACCAGCUGAAUGCUGAAAACACAAUGACUGAUCCGGUCCAACCGUCCUCCCACAAUGGCCCUACUGACCCAGCUGCACAAGAUGCGGUUGUCGCCUCAUCCGAUUCUCUGGAAAACUCGACACCGGAAAAACUUGGGAAAACGCUGACUCCCAGGAAUGUGCUUAAACCUCCUCCUCCAUCUCCUGUUUCGCGAACUCAAACCUGCACUCAGUGUUACGAUUAUUAUCGCGCAAUAGGCUACACGGAGGUGGAGACCCGAGAGCGCAUAGGCCGCACUGGCCAUAAACACAGCCACUUGAAAGACGUGACUCCAUCGACACCCAAGGGCUUUUGGAACCUAACACUGUCCUCCCAACCGAACACUGAGAAAGCGUCGCCCGCUGGUGAUGAAAAUGCUGCACUUCCGGCUGCGAGAGAAAAGAAACCGGACGGAGAGCAAGGACGCUAUUCUAGGAGCCUGCGCCGUCGGCGACCCCUUCACUUUCCUGGAGAGGAGGCGAAGCCUGCACCAAGCCGCCGAUCACGCUAA